CGCAAACCAGCGAAAAUUAGAAAGUAUCAAUGACAAUGAAGUUGGAUUUUAUGUUGGACUUAAAAAUCUGACCGUGGUGGAUUCAGGCUUAAGAUUUGUGUCCCGUCAGGCAUUUGUGAAAAACGUCAACCUACAAUACAUCAAUUUAUCGAGAAACAAGCUCUCAAGUUUGUCCAAGAAGCCUUUUCGCCAUCUGGGUUUGUCUGAUCUGAUAUUGGUGGACAAUCCAUUCAAGUGUUCCUGUGAAAUUAUGUGGAUCAAGAAGUUUCAAGAGACCAAGUUUUACACAGAAACUCAGGAUUUAUAUUGCACGGAUGACAACAACAAGAGGACUGCCUUGCUGGAUAUGAAGGUCCCGAACUGCGAUUUGCCCUCAGCAAACUUAAGCAAUUACAACAUCACCGUGGUGGAAGGGAAGAGCAUCACAUUGUACUGUGAUACUACUGGCGGGCCACCCCCUAAUGUGACCUGGGUGCUCACUAAUCUUGUUUCAAACCAUGAGAGUGACACAAGUAAGAACCCUGCCUCGCUAACCAUAAAGAACGUUUCAUCCAUGGACAGCGGACUGUGGAUUUCCUGCGUAGCAGAGAACAUUGUGGGAGAGGACCAAGCCUCUGCCGAGCUCACGGUAUUCUUUGCACCAAAUAUCACAUUUAUUGAAUCUCCAACCCCGGACCACCACUGGUGUAUUCCAUUCACUGUGAAAGGGAACCCUAAGCCCACACUGCAGUGGUUCUAUGAAGGGGCUAUACUGAAUGAGUCCGAAUACAUCUGUACUAAAAUACAUGUUAUCAAUCAAAGUGAAUACCAUGGCUGCCUUCAGCUGGACAAUCCUACCCACCUGAAUAAUGGUGCUUAUACCUUACUGGCAAAGAAUGAGUACGGAGAGGAUGAAAAACGGGUUGAUGCUCAUUUCAUGUCAGUGCCUGGAGAUGGUAGUGGCCCAAUUGUGGAUCCAGACGUUUAUGAGUAUGAAACCACGCCUAAUGAUCUUGGAGACACCACAAAUAACAGUAAUCAAAUCACUUCUACGGAUGUUUCCAACAAAGAGAAUGAAGAUAGCAUCACUGUGUAUGUUGUGGUGGGAAUUGCAGCACUGGUGUGCACUGGCUUAGUAAUAAUGCUCAUUAUUCUGAAGUUUGGAAGACACUCAAAGUUUGGGAUGAAAGGUCCUUCUUCAGUUAUCAGCAAUGAUGAUGAUUCAGCCAGUCCUCUCCACCACAUCUCAAAUGGCAGUAACACUCCGUCUUCUUCUGAAGGGGGUCCUGAUGCAGUCAUCAUUGGGAUGACGAAGAUUCCUGUCAUUGAAAAUCCCCAGUAUUUUGGAAUUACCAACAGUCAGCUCAAGCCAGACACCUUUGUGCAGCACAUCAAGCGCCACAAUAUUGUUCUCAAAAGAGAACUGGGAGAAGGAGCCUUUGGGAAAGUCUUUCUGGCAGAAUGCUAUAACCUCUGUCCCGAGCAGGACAAGAUCUUGGUGGCAGUGAAGACACUGAAGGAUGCCAGUGACAAUGCCCGCAAGGACUUCCACCGUGAGGCAGAGCUGCUAACUAACCUGCAACAUGAGCACAUCGUCAAGUUCUACGGUGUCUGUGUCGAGGGGGACCCGCUCAUCAUGGUCUUUGAGUAUAUGAAGCACGGAGAUCUUAACAAAUUCCUCAGGGCACAUGGACCAGAUGCAGUCCUGAUGGCAGAGGGCAACCGUCUCGCUGAGCUGACCCAAUCCCAGAUGCUUCACAUUGCCCAGCAGAUUGCAGCUGGCAUGGUUUACCUGGCAUCACAGCACUUUGUGCAUCGGGAUCUUGCUACCCGGAAUUGCCUGGUUGGUGAGAACCUACUGGUGAAGAUUGGGGAUUUUGGGAUGUCUAGAGAUGUGUACAGCACGGACUACUAUAGG